AUGUGGCCUCACGGGGCCAUCUUUAUGGUCCUUCCCCACCUGGGGCUCAUCCUGGUCUGGCUGUUCAUUCACAAGCAGAUGUCUGGUUGGUGUGAGGGCCCGAGGAGUCUGCCCUGGUGCCCACCCCACAAAGUCUUAUUGCUUGUACGGAUAACCAUCUACUCUGUCAUGGGCUAUGCCUCCUACCUGGUGUGGAAGGACCUGGGAAGGGGCUUUGGGCGACCCCUGGCCCUGCCUCUCGGCCUUUAUGCUGCACAGCUCGCCAUCAGCUGGAUCAUCCUGAUUCUCUUUUUCAGGGCCCACAGCCCUGCUCUGGCCCUGCUCCUGCUGUACGGGCUGGUGGUAAGCACAGUGCUAAUCUGGCACCCCACCAACCACCUGGCUGUCCUGCUCCAGCUGCCCUACCUGGCCUGGCUCACCGUGACCGCAGCCAUCACCUACCACCUGUGGAGAGACAGGCUUUGCCCAGCACACCAGCCUCAGCCCAUGGAGGAGAAGAGCGCCUGA